UCCGGAGCGAGUCGGGAGUUGGGGCGGGGGGCGCUGCGGGGCCUCGGGGGACACUCGGGCGGCCAGGGCUGCCCCGGGGCGCGGGGACGUGUGGUGAGGGGCAGCUGGGGCGCAGCGGGGUCUCAGGUGAUUCCAGGCCUGGAACUACGCGGGUCCCCCGGACACAGCGCCUCUGCUGGGCCUGGCUCCCGGCCGGAGAGUCCCCCCGCCGCGCGCCGGCACACUCGGCCCCUCGGUGCCCACUGAGCGCUGGGCCUCAGACCAUGCCGGUGUCUGACCAAGCGUUUGUCACGUUGGCCACCAACGACAUGUACUGCCAGGGGGCCCUGGUGCUGGGGCAGUCCCUGCGGAACCACAGGACGACCCGGAAGCUGGUGGUGCUGAUCACGCCUCAGGUAUCCAGGCUGCUCAGGGUCGUCCUCUCCAGGCUGUUUGAUGAGGUCAUUGAGGUGGACCUCACAGACAGUGCAGACUACAUCCACCUGGCCUUCCUGAAGAGACCUGAGCUCGGAGUCACCCUCACCAAGCUUCAUUGCUGGACGCUCACCCAUUACAGCAAGUGUGUCUUCCUGGACGCAGACACCCUGGUGCUGUCCAACGUGGACGAGCUGUUCGCCAGGACGGAGCUCUCUGCGGCCCCCGACCCCGGCUGGCCGGACUGCUUCAACAGCGGGGUCUUUGUCUUCCGACCUUCUCUGGAGACGCACGGCCUGUUGCUGCAGCACGCCGCCGACCACGGCAGCUUCGACGGGGCAGACCAAGGCUUGUUGAACAGCUUCUUCAGUAGCUGGUCCACGGCCGACAUCCACAAGCACCUGCCGUUCAUCUAUAACUUGAGUAGCAACACGGCGUACACCUACAGCCCUGCGUUCAAACAGUUUGGCUCUAGCGCGAAGGUGGUCCACUUCUUGGGGUCCGCGAAGCCUUGGAACUACAAGUACAACCCCCAGACCGGCUCGGUUCUAGACCAGGGCUCCGGGUCAGUCAGCGAGCACCAGACAUCCUUCCUGAACCUCUGGUGGCGGGUCUACCACCGCAGCAUCCUGCCGCUUUACGAGAGAAUCGGGCACGAGGAAGUCCACGCGUCUCCGGGACACACGACUUGCCUCACGGGCGGUGGGGUCCCGUGUGCGAAUUCGGCACCCACUGCUGACGGGAUGUGUGCAGAUUCCACUCCUGGCGCCCGGGAGCCGUGUGCAAAUUCACCGGAGGGCUCCAGCCAGCCUUGGCCUGCUGUAGACCCUUCAGAGAGGACCGUGGUGGUGGAGGAGAGCCCUGCUUCACCUGAAGCACACCAUUUGGAAGAUCAGAUGAUAGGUUGGCCUGAAACUGAGACUUCCGCUGGAGUGAUGUGUGACCCCUUGUCACCAGCCUCCCCUCAGUUCGCAGACCUCACAGAGACCCCGACCAGCUCGCCGCCCGCGGAUAAAGCAGAAGGUGGCCCACGUGAGGAGCCCUUGGAAGCAAGCCCAGAACACCCUGUGGAUGCCACCAGGGACCCCAGUCCUCCGGACGCUUUGGAGGUGGACCUGGCCAUCUCUGUGUCCGAGAUUUCCAUUGAAGAAAAAGUCAAGGUGCUUAGUCCCGAGGAACAGCGGAGGAAGUGGGAGGAGGGACGUAUCGAUUACAUGGGGAAGGACGCCUUUGCCCGCAUUCAGGAGAAGCUGGACCGCUUUUUGCAGUGAGGUGGUAUGUGGUCACACCAUGUUCUGUUACAUGGUCCUGUUCCGUAAACACCUCGAGCCCUUCCAAAGGGAAAGGCUCUCCAACAAUGUGCCUUUAUUGACGGUUGACCAACUUGAGUGCCUCACCUAUAUAACAUGGUCCAUCAGGAACCCAGCUUGAAGUCCCAUGGGAUCCCAGCCACCCAUGUCUCCUGGCUUCCCUGGGAAGUCUCUUUUCUUUACACUUUGUCCGCAGAAGGGAGCAGAAAUAAACCUCUGGUCGACUGCAGGUAAGGGUCUCUGGUCUUGCUCGAAGGAGCUCAGGGAUGCUUCCUGCGACAGAGUCUACAAUAUGUAUCCUGUGGAGGGUUAGAUGUCUCUGCAGAACGUAUGUCCCAAAGCUCAUAGCACUCGUCUAUGCAUUUAGUCCCCUGGGAACCGUCCAGAAUGAAAUGUUCUUUCCUUUAAGACUAAGUAGAUGUUCGGCCAUCUUGAGCGUGACUCUGGUUUGGACUUUGCAGUGCGUGGCGGAGAAGCACCACGGCUGUGGUUUCUCUUCCACAUAACGCAGCAGUGAUGGACUGCCCCUUUUGGACCUGUCAGAGGUGUUUGGAAGGAAGAUUCUAACUGACCUGGGAGAGGUAACCUCUUCAGAACUGGUUUACCUGCUGGUUUAGAAGAACCAAGGGUUGAUGGUGAGUGAUGUCUGGUGACCACGUGCUCAUGGUCACAGGAUCUGAGAGGCUCCUUGUCUAGCGGCAGCUCCAUUCGAGGUCCAGGACUCGGGACUGCCCUUUGCUGGGUCUCGCUACCUCACUUCAAGAUAACAGAUGGAGUGACUGCGUUCCCCCAAGCCAUUUCAACUCAGUUAUUUCAGGACAGUUCUCAAUUUGUGACUCUGGACGCUUUAUUCCAGGAGAAGGCCUCAGCUUCAGACGUACCCCAGGUCUGCGAGUUAACGCAGUAUGGUGGAACCGCUCACGGGGUCUCCCUGUGCAUGGCCGCCACAAGGAUGAUUAAAGACAGAUGUCUGUUGCUGUACUGAAGACAAGAAAUGCGGCUUGGAAACGUUUGGAUGGUUUAUUGAUCAUAGAUGUCCUGUUGAAACUCAUGAGUGGACACAGGUUUUGAAGAAGGGGAGAGGGCUGUGUUUAAGGUUCAUUCAGCGUGUCUGCUCCCACUGUUUAUCCCUGAGCGGUUUAGCCCUCUGGGUCAGGGGAUCUGGGUGAACUUAGGACGUCACUUGUGGCCUUAGCUUGUGCGAAGUGUGAGCGACCGGGGAGGUUUUUGUCUCUGAGUGUGUGGGUGCUUAACGAUCUACAGUCAUGCUUGGUUUCGCACACAGGAUGCUUCAGGGUCUAACUGGAAAUAGCCAUAGGGACAUAGCCUUCGGCAGGUUGAUGAGAUGGUCACCAGCCAUCAGGGUAAUCCUGUACACUGGUUCUGGGGAAAGAACAUUGGUGCUGUGUGCCGUGGGGUUGACUGUGAGCAACAAGCUGAGUCUGACAUCCACAACUGGUGGUGAGCAGCUGAGCCUGCUCCAGCUCCUCUGGAGAAGAGGGUUCAUGCGCAUGGGUGGUGGCUCAUUGGCCGAAGGUGUACACUCAAUACGGACUUCUGUCUUGCAUCUACGGUUCAUCCCCAUGUUGGGACAAGGGCUCGCACAUUGCAAGUAAAAUUUUAGAACAGCAA